GGUGCUGCAGUUAAGGCAGGCUAUGGUUCUGGAAGCUACCAUUCUCAGACUGGCUCUUCAGGUGGUCCAGUGACAAGUGGAAGUUCUGGUUCAGAUGCUAGAAGCCAGCUUCAGGACUCUCGACGUGCUUCAGUUGGAAGUGGUAGUCUUGUGGGUAGUGCAGCAGGUAUGGGCAUGUCAGGGUAUGGUGUAAGUCGGUCAGUUAGUGUUCAAGGCUCUGACACUAUCCGUUCUUCCAUGGUCUUGAUGCCAUUGCAGCAAAGUAGUGAUUCUGUUCCUAAACCAGAGCAGCUAAACUACCAAAUUCCUCUGCAGACCAGCAAUGACUCUGUGGCAGAGCACGACAGUCAACAGCUAGUGCAGACAAUCUCCCAGUCCAGCGGUCAGCAAUCGGCACAAGCCAGCUCUGGAACCAUGGCCCAGUCUAGCACCCUACAGUUAACCCAGACCAGUGGCCAACAAUUAGCACAGGCCAGCUCCCAGUCUGCAAGGCAGUCAAAUAGAGGGCCCCUUGAGCCUCGGAGAGAUCAACUUUGGCAAACUGGUUCUAAGCUUUUUUCAGGUUCCAGGCCAGUUCAGGAUGCAAGCUUUGGCUCUUUCAAGCCUUUACCCCCCAAAAAUGAAUCCAUGUCACUGCCUAGCUACCAAAUCGUGCAACACAGCAGUGAGUUGAACAGCCCUCAGCUAGCUCAGGCUAGCUUUGCACUUAUGAGUCUGUCAUCCCGCCAGCAAUUAGCCCAAUCCAGUGGCCAGCAGCCAGUACAAACUAGCUAUGAAACUGCAGCUCAACCAAGCAGCCAGCAACUAGCACAGGUCAUCCAGCCUAGCAGUGAACAACCGGCACAAACCAGCUUUCAGUCUGUGGCCCAGGCCAGUAGCCAUCUAGCACAGGCCAGCUACCCAUCUGUGGCUCAGCCCAGUGUCCAACCAGCACAAGCUACUGACCUGCCUGUGGUUCAGCCCAGCAGCCAGCAACUAGUUCAGGCCAGCCAAUCUGUUUCCCAGUCCAGUGGACCGCAACCAGUGCAGAGCAGCUAUAUGUCUGUGGCACAGCCCAGUAGCCAACGAGCACAAGCCAACUUCCAAUCUGUGGCCCAGGCCAGCAGCCAGCAAUUCCCACAGGCCAUUGACCCGUCUGUGGUUCAGCCCAGCAGCCAACAACUAGCUCAAGCCAGUUCUCAGCCCAGUGGACUACAAGGAGUACAGGCCAGCUAUCUAUCUGCGGCUCGGCUCAGCAGCCAGCAACUCCCUCAAGCCGUUGACUUGUCAGUGUCCCAGCCCAGCAGCCAACAACCAGUGCAAGGCAGUGGCCAGUCAGUGGUCCAGCCUGCUGUCCAGCAACCAGCACCAGCAGAAGCCGGCUACCCUUAUGUGGCUCAGCCCAGUAUCCAACAACUAGCACAAGCCAGCUACCAGUCGGCUGCCCAGCCUGCUGUCCAACAACCGGCACAAGCCAGCUACCAAUCUGUGGCCCAGGCCAGCAGCCAGCAAUUCCCACAGGCCAUUGACCUGUCUGUGGUUCAGCCCAGCAGCCAGCAACUAGAACAGGCCAGUUCUCAGUCUGUUGCUCAGCCCAGCAGCCAGCAACUAGAACAGGCCAGUUCUCAGUCUGUUGCCCAGCCCAGCAGCCAGCAACUAGAACAGGCCAGCUCUCAGUCUGUUGCCCAGCCCAGUAGCCAACUAGCACAAGCCAGCUACCAAUCUGUGGCCCAGGCCAGCAGCCAGCAAUUCCCACAGGCCAUUGACCUGUCUGUGGUUCAGCCCAACAGCCAACAACCAGUGCAAGGCAGUGGCCAGUCUGUAGCCCAAUCCUCCAGCCAGCAACUAGUUCAGGCCAGCCAAUCUGUUCAGUCCAGUGGACAGCAACUCGCACAGGGCGGCUAUAUGUCUGUGGCACAGCCCAGUAGCCUGACUCUUUUCAAGCCCCAAGAAGGUAGGCUUCAAUAUGUUUCUAAGUUCUUUUCUGGUACUAGGCCACUCCAGAAUCCAAGCCAUAGCUCUGUAGUUCAGUCAAGUAGCCAACGACCAGCACAAGCCAGCUACCAGUCAGUGGUCCAGCCUGCUGUCCAGCAACCAGCACCAGCAGAAGCCGGCUGCCCUUAUGUGGCUCAGCCCAGUAUCCAACAACUAGCACAAGCCAGCUACCAGUCUGUGGCCCAGUCCAGUGGCUUGCAAGCAGCACAGGCCAGCUCCCAGUCUGUGGCUCAGCCAAGUGUUUUAAAAACAGUGCAAGCCAGCUAUCAGUCUGUGUCCCAAACGAUUAGGCCACAAGUUGCACAAGUCAGCAGCCAACAGUCACCACAAGCCAGCUACUCUGUGACUCAACCAAACAGCCUGCAAACCGCACUAUCCCGCUACCAGUCUGUAGUCCAGCACCGUGAACUAACUGUUUUCAAGCCACUGCAGGCCCAAGGGGGACAACUUUAUCAGGUUGGCUCCAAACUUUAUUCAUGCCAGGAGUAUGUAUUGCAGCCCAGUUACCAGCUUGCAGCCCAACCAGGAUGUACUGAAUAUCAGCCUCCAUCCAGACCAGUAUCUCCAUCCUUAGCUCAGCACAUCAAACCUAUUGUACAACCUAAUUACCAUGCCCCAGUGAAGCCUGGGCAGGACACCUGUGUGUCUGUGGUGUCACCCAGCAGCCAUGUCCCUCCUGGACCACUGCAAUCAACACUCCAGUCCACUUUCAGACUAGCACAACUUCCUGAACAGCCUAGCUACCAGCCUCCAGUUCUUCCAAGCCGACAGCCUCUUGCUAAGCACAGACUGCCCAGUUAUGGUUCUGUAUCACAGCUCAGUGGACCGCAAUCUGGACCUUUGAGGCAAUUGCAACAGCCUGGCUACCAGCCUCUGGCCAAGCCAAGGCAAGAUGUGUAUCAGUCCGUAGUUAAGCCUGUGCAAUCCAGCUACAAACCCUCAAGCAGUCUAGAACCAUCUAUCUACCAGCCUCAAAUGUUGCCUAGCCACCAGUCACUAGCUCAGUCUGGCUUCUUCUCCCCUGCCAUUCCAGUGCAGUCUCGGUACAAGCCCCAGGAACAGUCAAGUUAUGAGACCAUAUCGCAGCCUGGGUUCCAAACAUCUAUGCCUGGGCAGUCAGGUUACCAAUCUGUAUCCAGAUCAAGUUCCCAAGCCCUGGUGCAGCCCAGUAGACGCUUUAUUUCAAGCUAUGAGUCCGUGUCUCAGUCAGUGCAACGUGGACUUCGGUAUCCAGCACGGAAUUAUCAGCCUGUCACAAACCAGAAUGCUCUUGGAACAGCUCAAAGUAGCCGGCAUUUGUCCCAAAGCAGAUCCAGGUUGUUGCAACAAGUGAAGUCAUAUGUCCAACAACCAGCACAAGCCAGCUACCAGUCUGUGGCCCAGCCUGCUUUCCAACAACCAGCACAAGCCAGCUACCAGUCUGUGGCCCAGCCUGCUUUCCAACAACCAGCACAAGCCAGCUACCAGUCUGUGGCCCAGCCUGCUUUCCAACAACCAGCACAAGCCAGCUACCAGUCUGUGGCCCAGUCCAGUGGCUUGCAAGCAGCACAGGCCAGCUCCCAGUCUGUGGCUCAGCCAAGUGUUUUAAAAACAGUGCAAGCCAGCUAUCAGUCUGUGUCCCAAACGAUUAGGCCACAAGUUGCACAAGUCAGCAGCCAACAGUCACCACAAGCCAGCUACUCUGUGACUCAACCAAACAGCCUGCAAACCGCACUAUCCCGCUACCAGUCUGUAGUCCAGCACCGUGAACUAACUGUUUUCAAGCCACUGCAGGCCCAAGGGGGACAACUUUAUCAGGUUGGCUCCAAACUUUAUUCAUGCCAGGAGUAUGUAUUGCAGCCCAGUUACCAGCUUGCAGCCCAACCAGGAUGUACUGAAUAUCAGCCUCCAUCCAGACCAGUAUCUCCAUCCUUAGCUCAGCACAUCAAACCUAUUGUACAACCUAAUUACCAUGCCCCAGUGAAGCCUGGGCAGGACACCUGUGUGUCUGUGGUGUCACCCAGCAGCCAUGUCCCUCCUGGACCACUGCAAUCAACACUCCAGUCCACUUUCAGACUAGCACAACUGCCUGAACAGCCUAGCUACCAGCCUCCAGUUCUUCCAAGCCGACAGCCUCUUGCUAAGCACAGACUGCCCAGUUAUGGUUCUGUAUCACAGCUCAGUGGACCGCAAUCUGGACCUUUGAGGCAAUUGCAACAGCCUGGCUACCAGCCUCUGGCCAAGCCAAGGCAAGAUGUGUAUCAGUCCGUAGUUAAGCCUGUGCAAUCCAGCUACAAACCCUCAAGCAGUCUAGAACCAUCUAUCUACCAGCCUCAAAUGUUGCCUAGCCACCAGUCACUAGCUCAGUCUGGCUUCUUCUCCCCUGCCAUUCCAGUGCAGUCUCGGUACAAGCCCCAGGAACAGUCAAGUUAUGAGACCAUAUCGCAGCCUGGGUUCCAAACAUCUAUGCCUGGGCAGUCAGGUUACCAAUCUGUAUCCAGAUCAAGUUCCCAAGCCCUGGUGCAGCCCAGUAGACGCUUUAUUUCAAGCUAUGAGUCCGUGUCUCAGUCAGUGCAACGUGGACUUCGGUAUCCAGCACGGAAUUAUCAGCCUGUCACAAACCAGAAUGCUCUUGGAACAGCUCAAAGUAGCCGGCAUUUGUCCCAAAGCAGAUCCAGGUUGUUGCAACAAGUGAAGUCAUAGCUGUUUACUUGUGUUUGCAGUUUUCUGGUUGUGGAUAAUGUUCGUUUUUAAAGUAUCAAUAAAAUG